AUGUCAAUACAACCCACGCUCAGGCGUGUCGUUAAACCACAUGCACACAACAUACACUCAUUAUCCACGAACAAACAAUGUCAAAUCUUUCAACUCCCCGAUGGCCGUGCCCUAGGAUAUGCCGAAUACGGAAACCCCAACGGCAAACCGCUGCUGUACUUUCAUGGCUACCCAUCAUCGCGCAUAGAGGCCGAGGCUGUAGACGACAUGGCCCGACGCUGCGGUCUACGACUUUUGGCCCUGGACCGUCCUGGAUUUGGUCUAUCUACGCUUCAACCGGGCCGUAAGAUGCUGGAUUGGCCCGAAGACGUGCGCGCAUUUGCAGCAGGUGUCGGCUUAGAGCGUUUUGCGAUCAUGGGUCUCUCUGGUGGAGGGCCCUUUGCGCUUGCUUGUGCGUAUGCGUUGCCGAAGAAUAUGGUUUCUGCUGUCGGUUUGUUUGCGAGUGGUCCGGCCUGGGAAGCUGGUGCGCAUCAUAUGUCGUUAAUCCGGAGAAUAAUGAGCUCGAUGUCCAAGUACUGGCCGACGGGGCUUGGUAUAGUGCUCAGUCUCUGUGUACGUGGGCUGCGGGCAAUAGCAACCUCAAACCCAGUAACGAAGAGAGUUGAUGUGUGGCUAGAAGCCGAAAGUAAGAAAAAGGAGGAGAAACAGAAAGGCGAAGAUGCAGAAACCAGCGAACAACAACAACAACAACAACAACAACAGCAACAGCCAAAAAAGACAACAAAAGAACGCAGAGAAUACCUCUUGCGUAUGUUAAUCGAUGAGCCAUUUUGCCAAGGCACCGCUCCAGCAGUCCAGGAAGCCGACUUGCUAUCAUCCCAAAACUGGGGGUUCAAGUUGGAAGAUGUCGAUUUUGACCCCGUUCGUAUAUGGCAUGGCGCAAAAGAUGGGAAUGCACCCAUAGUAAUGAUGCGAUAUAUGGCAAACAAACUGUCUCAUAGCAUCUUGCACGAGUAUGAGAAUGAUUCGCAUUAUACAAUGUUUCCCCUUAUAGAAGGGGCGAUGAAGGAGCUUUCAGAAGAUUAUGACGCACGUACUCCCAAGGCAUCAGCAUCAUCUUCUUCGUAA